AUGUCUCUGAGCAUCACUUGUCCUUUCGAUGAAGAUGACAAAGAUGAUUCUGUCUGGUUUUUAGACCACGAUUAUUUGGAAAACAUAUAUGGAAUGUUUAAGAAGGUCAAUGCCAGAGAAAGAAUAGUUGGGUGGUACCACACAGGCCCUAAACUACACAAGAAUGACAUCGCCAUCAAUGAACUCAUGAAAAGAUACUGCCCUAACUCAGUAUUGGUCAUCAUUGACGUGAAACCAAAGGACUUGGGACUGCCCACAGAAGCAUAUAUUUCGGUGGAAGAAGUUCACGAUGAUGGAACUCCAACCUCAAAAACAUUUGAGCACGUAACCAGUGAAAUUGGAGCAGAAGAAGCUGAGGAAGUCGGAGUUGAACACUUGUUAUGGGACAUCAAAGACACUACAGUGGGCACUCUUUCCCAGCAGAUCACAAACCAGGUCCAUGGUUUGAAGGGACUCAACUCCAAGCUUCUGGAUAUCAGGAGCUACCUGCAGAAAGUGGCCACAGGCAAGCUGCCCAUCAACCAUCAGAUCAUCUACCAGAUGCAGGAUGUCUUCAACCUGCUGCCAGAUGUCAGCCUGCAGGAGUUUGUCAAGGCCUUUUACCUAAAGACCAAUGACCAGAUGGUGGUGGUGUAUUUGGCCUCGCUGAUCCAUUCUGUGGUCGCCUUGCACAACCUCAUCAACAACAAGAUCGCCAACUGGGAUGCAGAGAAGAAAGAAGGGCAGGAAAAAGAAGACGGCAAAAAGGAUAGAAAAGAUAACAAAGAGAAAGAGAAAGAUAAGGAAAAGAGUGAUGUAAAGAAAGAAGAGAAACAGGAA